AGGGAGGAGAAAAACAUCAAUGACGCGCGGGGCGCGUUCAAUUUGAUCUCCGACAACGAUAGCAAUAUCCUGGGCGAGAAUCACUCGAAGAUAUUUUGCGCUCGACCCGGCUCGAGAUUGUGGGAGGUGUCGGCCGACGGGGUCGUCGUGAAGACGCAUCAGUUCAAAGAGGCUCUGGCGAUUCCGCCUAUAGCAAUAUUUCGAUCGGAUAGUACCUUAGAAUCUAGUCAGGAGGAGGAGACGGAACGCGAGUGGCCGCCGCAGUCUGUUAACUUCUCGCACCUGUUUGUACUCGCACGCAAGUAUUUAUUUUCCUAUACGACUAGCGGCCUGUACGUUAUCGAUCCCGCGAACGCGAGCGUGCUGUUGUGGAGCAACGAGUACACGAAUAUCAGCAUGACGACGAUCGUGGACGAUCGAAUUUACUUGAUGACCUGUGAUAGCGAAUUUCAUUGUGUAGCAUUAACGACACUCGACAGCCUGUUACUGCGGCUCUAUUGCCGCGAGCAAUUUAGCGAGUGUCUGAACGCGUGUUUUGUAUAUAAGUCGCAACUACUGAACGCCAUCGGCACUAAGGAUAUUGUCGAGAUGUUCGAAGUGAAGGAUCUACCGCGAGACGAGAAAGCGUUGCUGCGACCAUUAAUAACGCUGCUGCAAGCCGGCGGUAAUAAUAGACCGGCCAAAUUGGACUCUGGGAUCGUAGUCGUGCACUCGGAGAAUGGUAGAUUCGCGGAUAAAAGAACCUACGGCUGUGAAACGACGUCUUCGUCGCAGUCUCCCGAGAUCUCCAGCGAUGAUUCGUCCGAGAUGCAAAUACAAUCUGGGACAGAUCAGGAAGAUCUCGCACGGGGAGAUACGCUCGGGACAGCUUCGGAGGACGUACUUGAUUCGGGAAAUUACGACGGGGAAGUGUUAGAUAUCAAAGACGACGGUCAUCGAAGAGCGGAUUUUCAGGAAAACGUCACGCACAGGGUGCAGUCCGAUUUACGCUCGAUUUACGAUCUGGCGAACAGCAUCAGACCCGGUAUGUCGGAGAAGGAAAUCGAGGAAAUUAUCUUGGAGACGGAUAAGAGGAUGAGAACUGUCAAAGACUCCUACCGAGACUCGCCCGGGCUUCAGACUUUCAUCUAUGAAGUUACUCGCGCCGCGGAAUUGCAUUACUACAACGUGUUUCUGGAAAAUGCUUUCGUGCAGUCGAUUGACUCCAUCGUCAACGAUUACGUCGUGCGGCAUUUCGCGAGAGCCUUCAUCGAGAUCAACGCGCCGACUUAUGCCAGGUGCAGCUGCGGUUAUCCCUACCCGAUGGACAAGACCGUGGAGCCCAAGUUCCUAGCGGUCGGCGAGUCCUUGAUUAAGAGAUACGCUGACGAACUGCCGAAAGAAUGUAGCAAUAUUUGCGACAAGGUACCUUACAUGUGGCGCGUGUACCUGUCCAUCCGCGUCGAGCAACGUAGCGCGCUGGACGACCUGUUAAGACAGUGCCUUCAGACCAGGGACAAUGUUGUGCUGUCGUUUCUUCUGCCGGCGCUAAAUGAGCAACAGUGGAGUUGCGUGACCAUGUGCCUGAGCGAGAUCCAGGAUGGCACUUGCCUGUUCUGCGCGAUGCCUUUGGCGAGGAAGCCCGAUUAUGACGUGCUGAUAGAUUGGAGCGGGAUUGCCAGAGAGAUCAUGAGUAGAGAGGGACCGGACGAGGCUACGGCGUUUCUGAUUAAGCUCGAGAGCAUGAUACCGGACAUUGAUUUGGACAGAAGCAUAUUCCAGUCGAUCAUAUUUACAAAAAUGCUGCAUCGCCGAGGCUUGAAGAAGUCAAUCGAUUUCAGUAAAACUAAUCAAUUAUCAUCGGAAUAUGGUACAAUUUGCUCGCCACAGAUAGGCGAACAGCUGGCGAAAGCUCUCGAGAAAGAUUUAAGGCGACCAAUAGAUAAAAAUGUGUUCGGGACAGGCGCUCAUCAUUGGGGUAUGCGUCAUAAGAUUAAAUCAUUGACGUGCCCAGGCUGCACGUUGUCUUUACAGACGCCAAUUUUGCUAGGUGACAAUGGAAUCGCGAUCUUCCGUUGCGGGCAUGCCUACCAUGUAAACUGUAUGAUAGAGAGAAAGCUCACUAGAUGCAAUCUUCAUCAGUAAAUAUUGUAAAUAAGAGUCAAAUAAAACAAAGUAACACGUACUCUAUACAUUUCUCUUAAAAUAAAGCUCUCUUCAAACGUACUUGAAUCUAUUAUUUAUUACCUAUCUAGUAGAUUUUUUUUCUAUCGCAAAUAUUUGGAUUUAUUAUCUCGGUACAUUCGUUAUCACAGUUGCAAGUUGGACAGUACAGAAGGACAUCAUAAACCGUAAGACGGAACAAAAUCGCUAUAUAAUACAAACAUUAUUAUCAUAUCGUCUCGACAGAGCCACGCAUUUUUCAAAUUGACUACUUUUGUUCGGAAUGUACCAUUUUUAUAUCGUUAUAAUUGUAAUAUUAUCAAUAAUCACAACUGCAACGACUGAUCAUAGUCUUUUCGUAUAUAGAGUUAUUAGACAUGCAUAUACAGUAAAUAAAAUAUUCUCGCACGAUCCCUGACGCCGCAUUAUUAAGUUCUUCUUGCAAGAGAUCGGGAAAAGGAAAAGUGUACAUCUAGAUUUACAUGAAUAUUACAUUAUUUGUCUUAUCACUUACCUUAUUUGACGUUAUCGAAAUACAUAUUACAAUUACACGCAUACAACGUGUAAAUAUAACUUCGUGUGCGUGGCCUAUUAUACACAUUCGGCAUUUAUAAUUCUUGCUAUGAUUUUGCAGGCUGAUCUUUAGUAAAAAAAAAAAACUCAACAUCCAGAUCGUUCGCGAUACAUUAAAUCAAGAUUUAACAUAAUUUAUAUAUUGACAUUAUUGUAAUAUAUUGCAUAUAUACUUUAGUA